CCCCUAUUCUACCUUGCAAUAAUGAAGAUGCACCACAAGAAUUAGAAGAUUUAUUCGUAAAUAAUAACAAUAAAGUCAGCUCACCAACUUCUAACAAUUCAACAAUUGAAUCUAACAAUCUGUCAAUUGAACAAAGUGAAGCAACUAAAGCAGUUGAGACUACUGAAAUAACUGGCAGAAAAAUAAUUGAUGAUUCUGAAACUUCUGACGACGAUGACAAAGAGAAUUGGUCAAAUAUAAUUGAGAGCUAG